AUGGCAACUAACAACGCCGAUUGGGAACUAGAGGAAGGACUCCCUCAGUUCGACGAUCCAUUCAUUCAGAAGUAUCUGAAUGGUCGCGACGCUCUCAUUGCAGAAGAGCAAAAACAACGUCAUGAUGCUACUUUCCGCAAGUCGCUUUCCCCGAUUGCCGCACGAGCCUGCAAAAUUGUGUCACAGAUCCGGGCCCGUGAGCAAAAGGAUAUCUGGACACAUGGGCUAGAUGAAGCCACGGCUCAUCAGUCAGACGAGAUUCUCUAUCCAGGUGUGAUGUUUCAUCAUGCAAAGGGCUACAUGGAAAAGACAACGUUGUGGCAAAUCGUCCAAAGGAUGCCUAAGGGAUCUCUUCUACAUGCUCACAUGGAUGCGAUGUUCGAUGUCGAUUUCUUGAUCGAUCAAGCCUUCUCCACGCCAGGGAUACAUGUGUCGGCAUCAGCUCCACUAAUUACAGCGCAGGACUUCGAAACUGCACCAUUCGAAUUUAAGUUCUCAUCUCAAAUGAAAAUGAGCUCCGAUGGAAUUUCAAUCUGGUCUAAGGAUUAUGAAGCUUCAACUCCUAUCCCCAUACAGGUUGCAGCGACGUCAUUUCCAAAUGGAGGUGAAAUCGGUUUUCGCGAAUGGGUCAGAAGUCGAUGUAUGAUAAUGCCCGAACAUUCGUAUCAUCAUCACCACGGUGUGGAUGCCAUCUGGGCUAUAUUCACGAAAACUUUUCCCGUGAUCAAUUCAAUCUUAAUGUAUGAGCCGAUUUUCCGCGCCUGCUUUCGUCGAAUGCUAGGUCAGCUUGCUGCCGAUGGGAUCCGAUAUGUCGAGUUUCGCGUCGUGCCGUCCCCUCGAUACCAGAAAGAGGGAGUUGACGAAGCCGAAGACGACAGGACGGAGUUCUGCCGAGUCUUCCAAGAGGAAGUUGAUCGAUUCAAAGAGACCGAUGAAGGCAAGAGCUUCUACGAGGCACGAAUCAUUUGGUGUGGCCUUCGAAUGCUCUCCAACAUGGAAAUUGUCGACAGUAUGAAGCAAUGUAUCACAAUGAAGCAGAAAUACCCAGAUUUGAUUUGCGGUUAUGAUCUAGUCGGCCAAGAAGACUCCGGCAGGCCGCUUGUGGACCUUGUGCCACUCCUAUUUUGGUUCAAAAAACGCUGCGCAGAUGAAAAUGAGGAUAUCCCCUUUUUCUUUCACGCCGGAGAAACACUAGGCGAUGGGGAUGUGACAGACCACAACCUCUUUGAUGCAAUACUAUUGGGUACCCGACGAAUCGGCCAUGGCUUUUCUCUUUAUAAGCACCCUCUCCUCAUAGAAUUGAUCAAGGAGAAGAAAAUCCUAGUCGAAUGUUGCCCAAUCUCCAAUGAAAUCCUUCGGCUCACGAGUUCCAUCAAAUCCCACCCUUUGCCAGCGAUGUUAUCCCGCGGUGUUCCAGUCUCACUCUGCAAUGAUGACCCUGCUAUUCUUGGACAUGGGAAGAAUGGAUUGACCCAUGAUUUCUGGCAGGCUUUACAGGGGCUCCAAAAUGUUGAUCUAGCGAGCCUGGCAAUGAUGGUACAGAACUCCAUUAGGUGGAGCUGCUACGAAGAUCAGACUACUGCUGAGUGGAAAGCUGAAGUAGGUGAGGGGAUAUUGGGUGAAGGAAUAAAAGCCGCUCGUUUGCGAGAAUGGCAUUCGGAAUUUGAAAGAUUCUGUGAGUGGGUGGUCAUGGAGUUUGCGGAAUUUGAUGAUGACGAAUAA